UAAUGCAGCCCUUCUAUUUAAGGCGCCCAUAUCUCGUUCCCUCGUCGUCUAGGGUUCUUUUGGCGGCUGCUAGGGUUUGCUCCCUCAUCGAAACACAGGUAUAAGAAAUGGCUCCUCCGCAGCCAAACAGUGGGAUCUUUGUUGGGUUGAACAAGGGACACGUCGUCACCAAGAGGGAGUUGGCUCCUCGCCCUUCGAGCAGAAAGGGGAAAACUAGCAAAAGGGUGCACUUUGUUAAAAAUUUGAUCAGGGAAGUUGCUGGUUUUGCUCCUUACGAAAAGAGAAUUACUGAGUUAUUGAAGGUUGGAAAGGAUAAGCGUGCACUGAAAGUUGCAAAGAGAAAGUUGGGAACUCACAAGAGGGCCAAGAAGAAGAGAGAGGAGAUGGCCAAUGUCCUCAGGAAGAUGAGGUCUGCUGGUGUGUCCGACAAGAAGAAAUGAUGAACUCUUUGCUUCAAAAACUCUCCACACCAUUGAUGGUUUAAUAUCCUACCGGGGUUUGAUCUUGUUGGGAGACUUUUGCCUGUAGGAUUCUAUAGACAAUUAAGAAGUUUUUGUUAGUAAGACAAUCAUUUGGUAAUAUUUUGUGUUUUACAUUGUUAAAGAAUGUUGCGCUUUGUUAAACCUAAUCCCUAGUGAUGGCUUCUAGUUAUCUUGUUCUCCUGAUUUGUGAAAG